AUGCAUUGCCGCUCGUUGCCGAACCCAAGAGAAGGCGAUCUGAGUAUCCGAUUGAUUACCGGAGCCACGGCGACGCCGUCCGAUUCGGCCGUCGACGCCACCGUGCACGACAACACCGUCGAAUUCAUCUUCGAUCCUCACUACGAACUGCCGUCCUUGGACAGAUCUAUCCGUUUCUUCUCCGGCAAACUCGAAGCAUUCUUCGGUCUGGAUCCUCAGGUGGCCCGGGAAAUCGCUCACCAUAUGGGGAAUAGUGCUUACAAUUGCCUGCGUGGUCGGCGUUGCGGGCUAUACAUGUCGGUGGAAUUGGAAACCCGACCGCCACCGCCGGCGGCGGCGGAAGUGAUUCUCGGCAAUAUAGUUUUCAACGGCGGCGGCGGCGAUCGGAGCGGUGAAUGUUGCAAUGUGUGUUUGGAGGAUUUUGAGGGAGAGGAGGUGAUCACUCAACUGGCGAUGUGUUUGCAUAAAUUCCACAAUGAAUGCAUUGCCAAAUGGCUGCGGAGGAGCAGAACAUGUCCUAUUUGUCGAGGGAGAGUUUAG